CCAGAGUCCACAAACUUACACCCUCAGCACACCUGCACCUACCCACUCCUUAAUAUAUGCACGCGCCACAUAAGAGAGUACCUCCUCCCUCAUUCUCUGCAACAACAUUUUUCACCUUAUCAAACAAUUAGGGAGUCUCGCUUAAGCCAAUCUCAAAACCCAUUCUCGUCUACCUCUUCUCACACAUGGGUAGCCACAUCUUAGACGCUCUCAAUGUCCGUGUCGAAGGCCAAGGUGAAAAAUUUCUGGUUUUUGCCCAUGGAUUUGGCACCGACCAGUCCGCUUGGCAACGCAUUCUCCCUUUCUUCACACCAUACUAUCGGGUGAUUCUGUUUGAUCUUGUAUGUGCUGGUAGUGUCAAUCCUGAUUAUUUCAAUUUUAGACGCUACACUAAUCUUGAAGCUUAUGUCGAUGACUUGCUCAACAUUCUUGACACUCUUGGCGUUGACCGGUGCUUUUAUGUGGGUCACUCUGUUUCUGCAAUGAUCGGUAUUCUGGCAUCCAUUAGACGUCCAGAGCUCUUCACCAAGCUUAUUAUGAUAGGAGCAUCGCCAAGAUUUUUGAAUGAUAAAGACUACCAUGGAGGAUUCGAGCAAGAAGAAAUCGAGUCUGUUUUUGUAGCAAUGGAGGCUAAUUAUGAGGCUUGGGUCAAAGGUUUUGCACCAUUAGCAGUAGGAGCUGAUGUACCAGCUGCUGUCAGAGAAUUUAGCCGAACGCUUUUCAACAUGAGACCAGAUAUUACUUUAUUUGUGUCGAGGACCGUUUUUAAUAGUGAUCUAAGAGGGAUACUAGGCCUCGUCAAAGUACCAUGUUGUAUAAUUCAGACAUCGAAGGAUGUAUCUGUCCCAGCAUCAGUGGCCAAGUAUUUGAAGAAUCAUUUGGGUGGCAAAGCUACUGUGGAAAUGUUAAGAACUGAGGGGCAUUUGCCCCAUUUAAGCGCACCAGCUAUGCUGGCACCGGUCAUCAGGCGAGCUCUAUCACGGUGAGUGACUUUCGUUUGUGUGUAGGGUUGGAGCAAUUAGGCUAGGUGCUAGCACAGUCCAGCACUAGUGUGGGGUCCUAGAAAAUGAUAAUACGGGUGGAGAUGUUGACACCUGGUGAAUAAUUUGUGGACAUUAGUCCUAUGAUCUUUAAGAGAAGGAUAAGAUUAGCCACGUGAAAGUCACGUGAUGACUUUUGCUUUUU